AUGGUGAAAGCAUAUGAAUUGAGAUCAAUGAACAAGGACGAGCUCCUCAAGCAAUUGGAAGAGCACCGCAAGGAACUUUCUGAAUUGCACGUCGCUAAGGUCACUGAUGGUGCCGCUUCCAAAAUUGCCAAGAUUAAGUCUGUCCGCAAGUCUAUCGCACGCAUCUUGACUGUGCACAAUCAACAACAAAAGGAGGGACUUCGCAAGGCUUCCGCCGGAGCCAAGUAUGUGCCAAAGGACUUGAGAUCCAAGAAGACACGUGCCAUGCGUCGUGCUUUGAGCAAGGCUGAGCGAUCCAAGAAGACACAGAAGCAAAAGAGAAUGGCAGCCGCUUUCCCACCAGUCAAGUUCGCUGUUAAGGCCUAA